UAUCUCCUGGCCGGCAGUUCGCUGGCUGCUCUCCUCUGUGCUCGUUAUGUCGUUUCUGUGCUGCUGCUUCAGGUGCUGCGGGGAUGGCGGCUCUGGACACAUUCCGCUGAAGGAGAUGCCGGCCGUACAGCUGGAUACUCAGCACAUGGGAACCGAUGUAGUAAUUGUUAAGAAUGGCAGAAGAAUCUGUGGCAGCGGGGCAUGUCUCGCUAACGCGCCGCUCCACCAGAACAAGAGCUACUUUGAAUUUAAAGUGCAAUCUACAGGUGUGUGGGGCAUUGGAGUCGCAACUCAAAAAGCAAAUUUAAAUCAGAUCCCAUUAGGUCGAGAUUUGCACAGCCUGGUGAUAAGAAAUGAUGGAGCCAUUUAUUACAACAAUGAGGAGAAGAACAGGCUGCCAGCAAAUGGCCUUCCACAAGAGGGCGACGUAGUGGGGAUCACGUACGAUCACGUAGAAUUAAAUGUUUACUUGAAUGGAAAGAAUAUGCAUUGUCCUGCAUCUGGUAUCAGAGGGACCGUCUAUCCUGUUGUGUAUGUGGAUGACAGUGCGAUCCUGGACUGUCAGUUCAGCGAGUUCUACCACACCCCUCCUCCUGGCUUUGAGAAGAUCUUAUUUGAGCAGCAAAUUUUCUAAGGACUGAACCCCUACAGCUUCUCCAAAGCUUUUGUCUCCUGUUCAAAGCUGCACGACGCAUACAGAAAAUGUGCUUUGUAUUUAUAUCACUUGGUGCAGACCUUUUUGGUUUGUGUGUGUGUAAGUAUUCUCUGACGUCUCAUCCACCUUCAAGGACCACGGCCUGAAAAUCCCGACCUGAUAUUUUUGUGAUGUAUAAAGAGGUUUGUCACUGUAAAUAUAAUCUGUCUGCCAGUAACUUUAGUGAAUCUCUCUCCACUGGUUCAGUAUUCAGUAAGAUCACUUCUGCCACAUCCACGUUGUCCGAUACCAGUGCGGUUCUCAGAAUGGUCGCGCAGGUUUAUUUCACCGUGGCAGAUUUAACUGGAGAAAAUGUGGCUGACUUUGCUGCUUCUCUUUUGGUCCCAGAGUGCCUUAUGACUUUGUGCUCUGACUCUCAGCACGAAGUGUCUGACCCAGCUUUGUGUCAUUCAUAUUACACGGGAAUUGCUCAGAUGUAUUUCGCGCACAGUUGGCCAGUUAGUGAUUUGUCUGCCAUGUUCCGCUCUGAUCUUCUUACCACAUGAGGCACACUGGGAUUCAUGCGACUCAGAUUUUAUUUCUACUGGUUUAUUUUGAUGGUAACACUAAUGCAAGCCUGCGUUCCUGUAACACUAACAGAGAGAUGACUUGGAUGGCGUAUUGUGAUGAAUGGUUAAAGGGGCUGUCCGACCCCAAGCUAAAAUGAAUUAGAGAGGUUGUUCACCUGCAGAGACCUUUCAGGCAGACCCCCCCCCCCCCCCCCCAACCUUCUACGCAGCUCCUUCACUCCCCCAUCUCCAGUCUCCGUGUCAACAUCUGGUUUCACAUGCCUUCACGUGACUGUCUGCAAUGGGGACUUGUCCCCCUGCAUCAUGUCACUGGGACACGUGACUCCAUGGGGGACAUCUCGCAACUGCAGCCAGUCAUUAGCUGCAGCAGCCACACAACCCUGUGAAACUGGAUGUUGACACAGGGAGAGUGGUGACAGGGGAGUAAAGCAACUGGAACCCAGGAGCAGGGAUGUAUGCUUCCCUCUGCAGGUCCAGCCACGGUAGGGGGGAUGGUCUGUCUGAAAGGCCCCCAGGGGUUUGAGUGUAUUUAACAUUUAAAAAAAACGGCUACUGACCAAUUCACAGGUGCUCUGUUCCACCCAUCCCUGCUGCUUCUGGACCCGCGGACAGGACAUCAAAAGUGUGACAUCCUGUCGGCCAUCACAUGCAUUACUGCCGCCAUUCUCUGACCUCAGUGGUGACAAGUUCCCAAGCGGCACAUGACCGCUGAGGCCAGUGAACGGCUGCAGCAGUGCACGUGAAGGCGGAAAGGAUAUCUUGGUUGUGGUCCACAGAGGACAGGAAGCAGGGGGAACAGACUAGUUCAUUUUAGCUUAGGGAUCGGCCAGUGGUGAAUGUUCGUGCAAUAUAGUGUUGUGCUCCUGUGAGUUCUGACCGCAGGAGCUAUAACACAUGGUGAUAUGCCCAGAAUACAUUUAUAGAUAAGCAAUGAGUACAUCAGAAAGUGUUCUUAAAUUCAAUAACAAAGGUUAAAUUGGCCAGCAUAUGUAUAGUGCCUGCGUUAAUAUAUUAUACUGCAUUAACCUGCAGAACAUAAUGCAAUUCCUAUAUGGUUCAACUUAUUUAAACAUGCAUCUACAGCAGGGGUGCACAACCUGCCGCCUGGGGCCACAUGUGGCCCUCAAUACCAUUCGGUGCGGCCCCCCAACCACCUGGUAACAGACAUGUAUGCUGCUCACAUUUAUCUUUCAUGUGUUCUCCCAUUAGAUGGGAGUCCUGGAAGUGUAACUAGACAUUUAUGCUAUAUACUGUAUGUUCAAUAUGUCAUAAAUAUAGUAUUUCAGUUGGUAAUACCCCUUUAAGUUUUAUUUUCAGCCCUCUGAAUUGGUUCAGGCUGACAAUGUGGCCCCCAUCCAAAAAAAAGUUGUGCACCCCUGGUCUACAGAGUUUUCCGGAGGCUGAUGAUGUUUUUGUCUUGCUAAAUCCAAGCGUCCACAAUAUACAAAGUCAGCAGCGGACAGAGGCUGCCAGCCCCCGAUCUACCAGACAUAUUGCCUGCAGAGACUGCCGUACAGGUUCUGUUCACACAGCUAUGCAGUUUCCCUGAGGCUUAAAGAGGAUGUACAACUUUACAAAGUUUUUUAUUUUAUUUUUUAAAUACCCCCUACCCCACCCUGCAAGAUUUUUGUGGGAAGCUUAUUUACCUGCUCCUCAAUGCUCUGUUCUGGCUCUAUGGAUCCACUGAUGCCUUCACUGCACUUUGGUCAUAGAUGGGGACAUGUGCACUGAGGAAACCAAGUACUGGCUGCAGCAGUGAUGUGCCACUUGGGGGCACAUAUAACUGGUGAGGCCUCUUAUUGGCUGCAGCACCGCACGUGUCCCUGUCCAUGCCAGUAGUUUACAUGUGGGGAUAAAAGCCUAGUGAAGACAGCGGUAGACCAACAAAGCAGGUAAGUAUGUUUCCCUUGACAAGUCCCGCUGGGCGGGAGGGGGUAUUUAAAAAAUAAAUAAAAAUAUAUAUAUAUAAUUAUAUUUCCUUUAACACAGGAAACAAAUCGCACAAAUCCCUGGAGAAUAACUGGAAAAAGUUUAUUGGAGAUACAUUUAAUCUUAUUCUAUAAGUAGGACCAGAAGAAACAUUUUACCCAUAUUUGUAGCUACACAGAUGAUGUGCACAUCCCUUAUAAUGUACUCUAUUACAUUUUUGUGUGUGUAAACUUUAUCGUAGGGUUGUGGUUACUUUGUUCACCCCAGAUAGUGGAUGCUGUGCAAAGGUGCCCUGAGGGGUACAUACAUAAAAACUGGUGAAAAGUAAACACCUUGCUUAAAACAACCGAUCAGAUUACAGCUCUCGUUUUUUCAGAUAUACAUAAGGCACCCGCACCACUUUUACUUUGCACGGGUUUUGAUUAGGGGAGAUUAAUGUUUUCAUAAGGAUUAGGGAUGAGCGAACUUCAUAGUUUGAAGUUUGUGUUUUGGUAUAUUCUGAAUUGCAUUAUGGAUUCCGUUACCACGGACCAUGACGCAAUUCCA